AUGCGGGGUGCAAGCACCAAGGGCACUGAGGCGUUGGGUUCCGAUGGCUUGGGCAGUGGGAAACAAACAUCCGGGGGCUCAAGCAUAUGCAAAACAAGCGAGAGCACAGACAAGUUAUUCGUAGAUGGCAUUGGUGUUGAGGCGCAAGAAGGCAACUGGUUUGCGAGUUACGAGGUUGGUGAUGAUAGAAACGACGUUGCCUAA